AUGCCCAGCCCCGGGCCGCGGGGCUGCCGGCCGCUCCCUUUUUCGGGCUCCGGGGUCCAGCCCCCGCGCUCCAGCCGCUCUCCCGGGCCCGCGUCCCCAGCGCUGCCGCGCGGCUCUGCAAAUCCAAGCCCACCCCGCGCGCCCGGACGCCUCGAGUCCUCCUUUUCCGUUGAGGCCAUCCUGGCCAGACCUGACCCCUGCGCGCCCACCGCCUCCCCGCUGCCAGUCUCUGCUGGCGCCCACGGGGACCUCUGGAACGUGCCCGCCAGGCCUCCCGCCCAGGCUCUGCCCGGGGCGUGCCCACCGACGUGGCUGCCCGCCGGCCUGAGCGCGGGGCUGCACCAGCCGUGCCCUCUGCCCCCUGCGCUGCGGCCCCUCACCUCCCACUUUUGCGGCCUCCAGGGUCUCAACGUCACAGGCUUGGAGCUAGUUCACUGCCUAGGCCUCUGGGAUCCCCAAGACUGGGCCCAUGCUCAGGACCUUCAGGACACUGAGAGAUCCCAAAAGAGGAUUCGAACCAUGUUUAGCUUGGAGCAGCUGGAAGAACUGGAGAAAGUGUUUGCAAAACAGCACAAUAUAGUGGGGAAGAAGAGAUCCCAGCUGGCAGCCCAGCUCAACCUCACAGAGAACCAGGUGAGAGUCUGGUUCCAAAACCGAAGGGUCAAAUAUCAGAAGCAGCAAAGGCUAAAACUGCCAGCUGCAUCUGCCAUGGCUGCCUCCUCAGACGAGCCCUCCAGCAGCUCCGACACCAGCAUCCAGAGAGAAGACACCGAGUCAGGAAUGGACAGCUGA